AUGGGAGAGGAAUUGCGCUGCCUGCAAAUGUUCACGCAGGAAUGCCGGGAGCUUCCAGCAAUGGGUUCAGGCCUUCCCCAAAGCCCCAGGCAUGAAAAACCCCUUGGGCCUCCCAAGUUUGGAAUGCCGCCAACACUGUGGACCAAGUUUGGCCACUUGUUUUUGCCUGGCCUGAGACUUCGCUACAACUUCAAAAUACAGUACCGCAGCGGAGCCCACAACCAGGUAGCAGAUGCCUUGUCUAGACUGCCCGUGCCAGACACAGAAGGGGGCUUCCAUGUUGAUGAAGAGGUUGUGUCCUUGGUUACAUCGUCUGUACAUCGGGAGAAUCUUCAGGUUGCUACCGCGGAAGAUGACAUACUACGGCAGUCAGCUCAUGAGUCACACCCGGGAAUUGUGAAGACUAAGCAGCGUAUCAAGGAGAAGUACUGGUGGCCUUGCAUUGACAAGCAUGUGGAGGCCGCCGUCCGGAGUUGCAGCACCUGUCAAGCCUCGGACAAGAGUGUCAAGAACUGGCAAGCCCCACUACAGCCUGUCCGGCUUCCUGACAGGCCUUGGGACAAAAUAUCAAUAGACAUCAUGGGCCCCUUUGAACGUGCACCGGCCGACUGUCGAUUUGUCAUCGUGGCAGUGGACUACUUCUCCAGAUGGCCAGAGAGUGCGUUCUGCAGUGACAUCACUUCUCGCACGGUGAUCAACUUUCUGCUUGCUGUCUUUGCGCGAGAGGGUUACCCGACUGAACUAGUCUCAGACCACGGCCGACAGUUUACGUCGAGUGAAUUCGAGUGCUUCCUUGCAGACAGGGGCAUCAAGCAUUUCUUCUCGGCAGUUUACCACCCUCAAGCCAAUGGCUUAGUGGAAAGAUUCAACAGGGUCCUGAAAUCGUAUAUACAACUAGCUCUCCUAGAGGAGCGACAAAUCAAGACCACAGUUAUAGAGUACCUGGGUAUUUACCGAGCCACACCCCACAGCGCCACUGGCAUCUCUCCAGCAGUGUUGCUUCAUGGCCGCCACAUGAAGACAUCAUUAGAUGUUGUUGGCCAGCCAUCAGCGGAUUUCGGCACCCAUCCCGCCCGUGAACUGCGUAGACUUCGGCGUUGUGUCUGCGAAUACCAACAAAGAAAUAAGGCGUAUGCAGACAAGCGAAGAGCAGCCCGAGAGCCCAAAUUUAAAGUGGGGGCCUACGUGCGGGUGAAACGCCCGGUACCUGGAAUAAAAGGCACCCCUAGUUUUGGAGCUCCACUCAAAAUACUGAGGCGGGUAGGACGAUGGUCAUUCCACUUGGAGGACGGCCGUACCUGGAAUGCCUCCCAACUGUCGGCUGUACCCCAUGAAGAAACGGGGGCAAGACAAGAACCGCUGUGGGUGGACAUGGAGACAGACGGGUCGGCAGGGAACGCCACAGCACGAAAACCGUCCUCGAAGGCGCGGCAGUCCCGUUGCAUUGAGGGCCACGUGUACCGGUUAGUCACGAGGCGUGUAGAGGCUCAGGUGCCGGGAUGA